CGUGCGACUCCACGCUACAAAACGGGUUUGGGCUACAAAAGUAUGGCAGCUGCUGAGGCGGCCGAGCUGUCGUCAUCUUUGAAAACAGACCCAGUCCCGGUCCCCGACACUGCAAGAACGGCCGCAGCCACGGCCGCCAGCUCCUCGGCGACGGCCGCAGCCGCAGCGGCGGCGGCCAGGGCGGGGCCCGAAGCCGGGGUCUCCAAGGCCGCUUUGGCUACUAAGCUGCUGUCUCUGAGCGGCGUGUUCGCCGUGCACAAGCCCAAGGGGCCCACCUCAGCCGAGCUGCUGAACCGGCUGAAGGAGAAGCUGCUGGCAGAAGCUGGAAUGCCUUCUCCAGAAUGGACCAAGAGGAAAAAGCAGACUUUGAAAAUUGGGCAUGGAGGGACUCUAGACAGUGCAGCUCGAGGAGUUUUGGUGGUUGGAAUUGGACGGGGAACAAAAAUGUUGACCAGUAUGUUGUCAGGGUCCAAGAGGUACAUUGCCAUUGGGGAACUUGGGAAGGCUACGGACACCCUGGAUUCCACGGGGAAAAUAACAGAGGAGAAACCUUACGAUAAAAUAACACAAGAAGAUAUCGAAGGUAUUCUACAGAAAUUUACUGGAAAUAUAAUGCAAGUACCUCCACUCUAUUCUGCUUUAAAGAAAGAUGGACAGAGACUUUCCACUUUGAUGAAAAGAGGUGAAGUAGUAGAAGCCAAACCUGCCAGGCCUGUUACUGUAUACAGCCUCUCCCUUCAAAAAUUUCAGCCACCAUUUUUCACAUUAGAUGUUGAAUGUGGAGGAGGUUUUUAUAUCAGAAGCUUGGUCAGUGACAUUGGCAAAGAACUUUCUUCAUGUGCCAAUGUCCUAGAACUGACCCGAACCAAACAAGGACCAUUUACCCUUGAAGAGCAUGCCCUUCCUGAAGACAAAUGGACGAUCGAUGACAUUGCACAGUCUCUUGAGCAUUGCUCGUCUCUUCUUCCAGCAGAGCUCGCGCUUAAAAAAUCAAAACCUGAAGAGGCUAACGAACAAGUUUUGAGCUGUGAAUACAUCACUCUAAAUGAGACCAAGGGAGAUGAUGAUGGAAUUAAGACAGUUUAAGAUUGGCUUGGGGUCAUCAUCAUUUCCUUAGUUGACAUUUGAAUCGUGAGUGCAGAAUGCCAAGCUACAUGCAAAAGACAAGCAACUUUUUUUUGCAUGAAGAAAACGUGCCCAUUGUUUACAGUUUCUAUAGUAUACAGUUACCUGCUCUAUACUGAAAGCCUCGCAGUUGUUUAGCUCUUUGCUGUACUGUGAAAUAUUCUCUUUUGAUGUUAUUAAGCUGUUAGAGUGGAUUCAGGAAAAUCAACUUUCUGAUUUUAACUCUUUUCAAAGUCUUCCUGUGAAAAGUUGGACCUAUUUUCUAAUCAAAAAAGAAAUGUGAGCUACAUGUUUCUUUGGUGCCUCAAAAGUGAAUGUACGUCAGUGAUACUCUGACUUUAUUUUGGCUUCCUGCUGGCUCUGUUGUAGUGAAAUCCUUUAACUGUGUUUGAAAAGGCCAUGAUUUAACACUUUCCUAUAUUUGGGAGGAUUUAUGAUUAUUACAAACAUUUCUUUGAUAAAACUGCAUUUGUCUGGUGAUAGCUGUGUUUGGAAACUAAUAAACUUUUAUAAUAAAUAUUUAUAAAUGAACCAAAUUAUUACAGCUGCUUUUAAUGUGAUAUAAAUAGAAGACUUAAUGUUUAAUUAAAUUCACCUUUAUUCAACUGCUAGUGCUCCUGUGACUUAUAUUUUGGCAGCUGUGAGAUCUUUUUCCCCGGUAGUUUCAUCAGUGCAGUUGGCUACUCUGUACCAAGUUACUAAAUAGUAUAAUUUUUAAAAGUCGAACUACAGAAUGUGUCUUCAAUUAAAAAUUUCUACUCUCUAUCCUUUAAUAUUUAUACCUUUUUAUAGGGCAUUCAUCCCCAUGACAUUUUUUUUUUUUAGUUUGCUCUUUCAAGUGAUAUUUAUAGAUGCUAAGAUAGCUGGCCUGCAGCUCCAGUUAAUCUCCUCUGCUCUAAAUAUUUAAAAACAGUUUUUCUCAAACAUUUUCACUCAAAUAGCUUACUGAAUAUUCCCCUCUCCUUUACUAUAAUUUGGAAAAUAUAGUCACCUUACAAAAUAGCGGACUUCAUAUGAAAUGACUGCUGGCAUAUUUUUGUUACAGGAAAGCAGUUUAUUAUGCAGCCAGUCUGUAGAAAUGUUCAAAUUCCACUUCAUUUAUUAAAAAAAUAAAAAGUUUCAAAAGGAAGAAUGAUUAAAAAUUUCAUAAAAUACAAGUUCUUAAAUUUUUAUGAAUUACCUUUCUUUAAGACGUGGUUGAUUUUAAAAUUUUUAAAAACUAUUUGAAAUAUGUAAAGUGAUUUUAUUUGUGGUUAACCUAAUACAAACUCAGUAUAAAAAGUUAUAUGUCUCAGUGGAGCAUUUUCAGUAUAUUGGGAACAUUUUAAAUGAAAAUACUAAAACUAAUUUUUGUCAUGACAGAAUUGUAAGGAAAAGACUUGGAUAUCUUGAUGCAUUAAAUAAAAUACCAAACACAUAAAGUUGUAACGUAUGGUUACAAUUUUAGUUAUUUAUGUCUAGUUCACUGUAGUUUGCACCAACCACAGGGGGCAGGGCUGCCUCUUUCUGCUGGGAUACCCAGGAUAUCAUAUCUUCAUUCACUGCCACUUGAGGUACAAAUAGAGGAACACAACUUAAAACUAACAUACAUAAUUUACCAGCGGGCAAGAGAAGAGAUUAUUUGGAAAGACAAAUAACUUUUUUAAAUGGUAACCAACUUUCAUAGUGAAAACAUUGAAGAGAAUUUUGCCAAAUGGAAAUAUUACCCAUAACCCUCAUCAUCCUGGUACAGUGAUAUCAGAACUUUCAUUUUUGAGUUAAUAUUUUCCCUUUUCUUAUUAUUUGUUCACAUAAUUAUAGUCUUAAGACAACUAUACUUUUUAAUUGGUUUUCCCCAUUUUUAAUUAUCUGACUCCAUUUGUAUUUAGUUUUACUAAUGUUAAUUUUAAUCACAUUCAGUUUAUUUAAAUUAUUUCCCUAUUGCUAAAUGCUUGUUAUUUUAAAAUAUUUUAGGAUAAAUUCCUGGGAGUGCAAUUAUUAUGUGGAAUAAUAUGAACCAUUUUAUGGUUCUUAAUAUGUUUGCCUUAUGCUUUCCCAAAGAGUUGUAACAUUUUACAGUGUCAAAAUUGGAGUAUAUCAGUUCAGUAAAAGUUUACAGCUUUCUGUGGGGGUUUUAUAUGUUGUUGCUAAUUUAGUCGGUGUAACAGUUCAACAUGGCUCUAUUUGCUUUUGUAGUCUUUUGUGGACUUUUCUGUAUACUUUUUUCAUUUAUAUAAAUAAAUGCCCUAAUGGUUUCCUAAUGCAUUUGUAUGAGUUAUUUAUUCAGUAGAAUCUUGG